UGCCCAUGAAGAAGAUUCCAUGCAAAGCCAGUGCACCCUCAGGCUCCUUUUUCGCCAGAGACAAUACAGCAAAUUUCUUAUCCUGGUGCCGAGAUUUAGGGGUAGAUGAAACAUGUCUAUUUGAAUCGGAAGGUUUGGUUCUCCACAAGCAGCCCAGAGAAGUGUGUCUCUGUUUGCUAGAGCUGGGCCGGAUUGCAGCCAGGUAUGGUGUGGAGCCUCCUGGUUUGAUAAAAUUGGAAAAAGAGAUUGAACAAGAAGAAACACUUUCUGCCCCUUCUCCUUCACCUUCUCCUUCAUCAAAGUCUUCUGGAAAAAAGAGUACAGGAAACUUACUGGAUGAUGCAGUGAAAAGGAUUUCUGAGGAUCCUCCUUGCAAAUGCCCAAGCAAAUUCUGUGUGGAGAGGCUUUCUCAAGGAAGAUACCGAGUGGGAGAAAAGAUUCUCUUCAUUAGGGGUCUUCAUGGUUGUUACUAUGUCUCCAAAGCCAAAGCAAAGCAGACAUUUAAGAUGCUGCACAACAAACACGUCAUGGUCCGCGUGGGAGGAGGAUGGGAAACGUUCGCGGGGUAUUUGUUGAAACACGACCCCUGCCGGAUGCUGCAGAUCUCCCGUGUGGAUGGCAAAACGUCCCCCAUCCAGAGCAAAUCUCCAACCCUUAAGGACAUGAAUCCAGAUAAUUACCUGGUGGUCUCUGCCAACUAUAAGGCUAAGAAGGAGAUUAAGUGAAACUAGUUGGUCAGGACAAGGGGACUCUCAGAAUGGCCUGUAUCCACUUCUCCAGGGUAGUCAGUUUAGUUCACAUGCUCUGAAAAUUACUUUGGAAAAAGGUGUCACCCACAGGAAAGUGUCAUCAUAUUGGAAAAGGUUCACAGAGUAGCACUAUUUAUUUUAAUGCUUCUGUAGAAAAUGACCUAUGAAAAGGCAUUCUAAACUCAGAUUUAGAUUAGACAAACUGGAGGCAAGUUAUUCUCAACAGGCGAAUACAGUAUUUAGAAAUACAAAUCUAGCUAGAGGUAAAAAACAACAACCUGUUAUUAGAAGAAGAAAAAAUUUUUUUUUUAGGAUUUCUAGAUAAAACAGAAAGUGCCUGCUUUAUGUCUACAGAGUAAAAGCACCCCAGACAUUUUUUUUUAACUGCCAGAUUUUUAACAAGUGACAAUUAGUGUGAUAAUGUGCUACUAAAAACAUCCAACAGCACUAUCAGUAAGUACAGAGUAUUCACAACAGUAAAACUUUACUGGAAAGGCCACUUUAGAAAAGUUUACAUUCACUUGGAAGAUUGCCUUAAAGUUUAUCCCUUACCAUGACCAAGUAUCUGGGGUACUUUUGGAAGUUUUCAGUACACCCACUAGAGAACCGCUUAUGAAUUGCCCCACACAUUCCUAAGAAACAUGGCUGUGUUGAGGCUGACAGUGUCAUUCACACACAUAAGCUGACAUACAUUUAUAUUUUGACAGAGUAAAUUGUACAGUCAAAUGUUCAUUGACUUCAUGUUAUUUGAAAGCAUUCUUACUAAAAUAUAUCUUUAGUUAAUCCUACUUUGCUAUGUUAUCUAGUAAAGUCAAUUCACUGUAGCUAAUCAUGUUACAGACUUAUGUAUACCCUUGUACACCCAGGACAGGGCUGUUUUGUACCCAUAAACAGCAAAAUAUUGUCCUUGCUGAUUCAAGAAUUAAA